GCGGCGGGGCCUGAAACGGGCGCCGAGCGGGGCGGCGGGGCCUGAAACGGGCGCCGAGCGGUUUCUGGGGAAGAUAAGCUGAAAGGAUUUGCACUGUCAACAAGACAGUGUCAGAGAACAGAACGGAGAGAGACACACACACACACACACGGGGCAGAUACUGAUAGGUGCUGCAAGUCUCCACAGCAACCGGACAGAGUAUUUCUUCUACAACAAAGCAGCAUUUCAUAUCUCGGCUAAAAAGAUGCGAGAUUACGGUGAACAGCCUAUUCCUGUGGCAUCACAGACACAGGAGAGACACAUUUGGGAUUCUGUGAAGAAAGCUGCCUUCAUCUUAGGCUCAGGACUCUUUGUUUUUGCAGCAUUCAGGAACACACUGACCUGGCAUUUGCAGCAGUUCUGGGGAGCUUCCGGGGACUUCUGGCAGUCGCAGUGGGGAAGGGCUCACAGUUUCUUCCAAGGCAACGAGUGGGUUCUCUUCUUCCUCGGUACCAUGGUGAUUCCAACCCUCUCCUUCUGGAUUUUGAACGGACUCCUGCUGAUUGUGGAUGCCACUGGAAAACCGCAGCUGAUUACUCGCUAUCGGAUUCAGAGGGGCAGGAAUGACCCGGUGGAACCUGCAAAGCUUCAGCAAGCCAUCAGAACGGUUCUAUUUAAUCAGGUCUUCCUGUCUCUCCCCAUGGUGAUGGUAAUGUACCCCAUCAUGAAGUGGAGAGGUAAUCCCUGUGGUCCUGAGCUACCCACUUUCCACUGGGUGCUGUUGGAGCUCUGCUUCCUUGGGCUGCUGGAAGAGGUAUUUUUCUACUAUUCACACAGGCUUUUCCAUCAUCCAAUGCUUUACAAACACAUCCACAAGAAGCAUCAUGAAUGGACUGCCCCAAUUGGCAUUGUGUCCCUUUAUGCGCAUCCUAUUGAGCAUGUGUUGUCCAACAUGCUGCCACCUAUGGUUGGACCAAUAUUCCUGGGAUCUCACGUGGCCACCAUGAUGCUGUGGUUUUCAUUGGCGUUGCUGAUUUCCACAAUUUCACACUGUGGUUAUCACCUUCCACUGCUCCCAUCACCAGAGUUCCACGAUUUUCAUCACCUCAAGUUUAACCAAUGUUACGGAGUGCUGGGAGUCCUGGACCGGCUCCACCAGACUGAUACCAUAUUCAGAGAGACCAAAGCUUACGAGCGCCACACUCUCCUGCUCAGCUUCACUCCUCUGUCUGAAAGCAUUCCUGAUUCCCUCAAACGCAAGUGAAGGCUCCUUAAACCUGCCUUUGGAAACUACUGACUUCACGCUUCUUAACCCUUUUCUCAUUAUCAUUAAGAUUUGCUAAUUGUGGUUUGAUUUUUUUUUGAGAUUUGUUCUUUUUGCUGUGCUAUAUGAAGUUUGCUAUCGGGGGUUUUCCUGUUUACUUAUAACCAUUGGGCAGCUCCAACUGCACCAGGGAGUAAACAAAUGGUUUAAACUGAAACUUAGCAUCCUACAAAAGCUUUUCUUUGUGCAUCAACUCUCAACUGUCAUUUACAAAUAAAUUUCUGUGGCAAACUA